AUGCAUGUGCAAUUUUCAGUGGAGUGGAACAAACAGAGACUAAGUUAAAACCCAUCAGCGCAUUAAAAGGAUCGGGGAGGUCCAGCGCGCCACCAGUCCGCCGCUGUCUGGCGACGCUCUUCCUUCCUUUCCCACCCUAAAGAGGCAGAGCUUUCCCGCUGCUGGAACUGCGAGCGGCAGCACAGAGACACAGUCACUUUUCCAGCCAUACCUUGAUUUGGAGCAGAUUUGACACCUGGACGGGAGCUUUGGAGUAUGCGUAAAAAGGCGCAGCGCCGUGACGCAGCGCCAGCGCUUCGGAUGUAGACUUCAGCAGAGAGCGAGUUUGCGGUCAUCCAUUCAAACAACGAUGUUUGUGGACGUCAUGACGAUUCUGAUGGUGUUUGUGUUUUGUCUUUUUCAGUUAUCAGAUGCUGUGAUCGACUUGACCAUGAUCUCCACCGCGGAGGUCGUUCGCGUCAACCACUUCACCAUCUCCUGCAUAAAUGGAGAGCACAGCUCUGCCCAGGUCAAGCUGGACAUCAAGAGGGACAACAAGAUCCUCAUUUUGUCCAAAGAGCCGAGUUUCAAAGUACACAAGCAGAACAACAAGCACGUGGUUGCCAGAGAUUUCCGGGAACUGGACAAUAUUGGCAUCUUCUAUUGUGAAUCCACCCAAAGCAAUCCUCCACUCGAGAAAGUCACCAUGAUCAACAACUUUGGCACAACUAAUUUUGUUCCGACAUCCCUUACAAUGACUGUAAACAAAGGAGAGACGGUUCACCUAAACAUGCAGCUCCUCAGCUCUGAAAAGAGAGAUGUGACUUGGAAGUACAAUGGAAAUUACUAUUACAUGACUCACUGGAAUGAUGUGGUCAAUCGCACCGCAACACUGACCGUGGACAAUGCUGCGUUCGCCAAUCAAGGCAUCUACAGCGCCAGCUACGUCGGGGACAGUCCUCUGCAUGGUGCCUGGAUGAGGCUCAUUGUCAGAGAUUGUCCCAGUAAGAAGUGGGGUUCUUACUGUGAGAGGGAUUGUCCCGACUGUCUCAACGGUGGAAUUUGUCACGAUGCAGAAGGAGACUGUGUGUGUCCUCCAGGGUUCAUGGGAUCACGCUGUGAGACAGCCUGCAGGGAAGGAAUGUUUGGUCAAAACUGCCAGGAGUCCUGCCGGUCUGACUCAAGCAAUAACUGCAAAGGCCUUCGUUUCUGCCUACCAGACCCAUACGGCUGCUCCUGCGCCAGCGGCUGGUUUGGACACCGCUGUGAAAAAGCCUGUCCGAAUGACAGAUAUGGACCAGACUGCAGGCUGAGUUGUAAAUGCCAGAACGGAGGGAUCUGCAGUCGUUUCAGUGGUUGUCAGUGUCUGGCCGGAUGGCGAGGGCAGAACUGUGAGAAGUCAGACCGAGCUCCUCAGAUUCUAGGUUUGGAUUCUGUCCCGGAGUGGAAUCUGAACUCCAGCCCCAAGAUCUCUUGUUCGGCCACAGGCAACCCGCCGCCCAGCCACAACAGCAUUGAGCUGCGUCGAUCGGACAACAUCGUGCUCAAGCCAACAAGAACUACAAUGGACUCCAACAAGAGCAUAGCCUUGUUUGAAAUCCCUCACCUGAGUGCCAAGGAGGAAGGCCUGUGGGAGUGUAGGGUCUCCACCAAUGGGGGUCAAGACUCACUGAAGUUCAAUCUCACCAUAAAAGAGCCCCCAGUUCCUGUUGGUCCUCCCAAACUGUUAAAGAGGGGGAGUAAGCAGCUGCUGGUCAUGCCAGCAACAUCCCACAAAGGAGAUGGUCCCAUCAUCUCAACAAGAGUUCUUUACAAACCGGACGCCAAUGGAGACUCUUGGUCCUCAGUCAUAGUCUAUAACAAAGAGCCCAUCACGCUGAUGAAUCUGGAGCCUUCCACAAAGUACCGCGUUCGGGUCCAGCUGAGUCGUCCUGGGGCUGGAGGAGAGGGGGCUGCGGGGCCAGAGGAAACCAUGGAGACCGACUGUCCCGGACCGUCGUCCCCACGCAACGUCGAAGCUCUGCCCCUCUCCAUGUCCUCCAUCCAGGUGAAGUGGCUUCCCCCUGAGAACCCAAACGGAGGCAUCGUCAAAUACAUCAUCGAGUACCAGUCCGUUGGUCAGGGAAGUCCUCACCCCUGGGUGGAUACAGAUGAUGGAAACAGGACCACCAAAGAUGUGAUCGCCCUAAACAGCAGCACGGUUUACCAAUUUAGAGUGAGGGCGUUCUCCAAAGUGCCUGGAGAGUGGAGCAAGUUUGUUAAAGCAGAAACUCCAGAGGAUGACUCCGAGAAUUCAAUUCCCACCACCCAGGGUGUUGCUGGUAAGCCUGCUGGAGACGGUUAUCAGCUGCUGUUGGCAGUGGUGGGUUCGGUGACUGUCACCUCCGUGGUCAUAUUGCUGGUACUGCUAGCGCUGUUCUUCAUCAGGAAAACCCUGGUCAAUCGCCGGCGGACGUUUACCUACCAAUCAGGAUCGGGAGAAGAAACUAUCUUGCAGUUUAACUCAGGAACUCUGACCCUCUCCAGAAGGCCUAAGCCGACGCCAGAACCUCUCACCUACCCAAUUCUUGAGUGGGAGGACAUCAAAUUUGAAGACGUCAUCGGGGAGGGCAAUUUUGGCCAAGUCAUCAAAGCCAUGAUUAAAAAAGAUGGCAGCAAAAUAAGUGCAGCAAUCAAGAUGCUGAAGGAGUUUGCUUCAGAGAAUGACCACAGAGACUUUGCAGGAGAGCUGGAGGUGCUUUGCAAACUAGGACAUCAUCCCAACAUCAUUAAUUUGAUUGGAGCUUGUGAAAACAGAGGCUAUCUGUACAUCGCUAUAGAAUACGCUCCCUAUGGUAACCUGCUUGAUUUUCUAAGGAAGAGCAGAGUGCUGGAGACUGACCCCGCCUUUGCCAAAGAGCACGGGACAGCGUCCACACUCACAUCUCAGCAGCUUCUGCAGUUUGCUGUGGACGUAGCCACUGGGAUGCAUUACCUCAGUGAUAAACAGUUCAUCCACAGGGAUUUGGCGGCAAGGAAUGUUCUCGUGGGGGACAACCUUGUGGCAAAGAUAGCAGAUUUUGGUCUGUCCCGCGGUGAGGAAGUUUAUGUCAAGAAGACAAUGGGCAGGCUGCCAGUACGCUGGAUGGCCAUCGAAUCCCUAAACUACAGUGUCUACACAACCAAGAGUGAUGUGUGGUCUUUUGGUGUUCUUCUGUGGGAAAUUGUAAGCUUAGGUGGCACACCAUACUGUGGGAUGACCUGUGCUGAGCUCUAUGAAAAACUGCCACAGGGUUACAGAAUGGAGAAACCCAAAAACUGUGACGAUGAGGUCUAUGAGCUAAUGAAGCAAUGCUGGAGGGAUCGUCCUUAUGAGAGACCCCCGUUUUCCCAAAUCUCCCUCCAACUCAGCAGGAUGCAGGAAGCAAGAAAGGCGUAUGUGAACAUGGCUUUGUUUGAGAACUUCACCUAUGCUGGAAUAGAUGCCACAGCGGAGAAGGCCUGACUACCAGCCCCCCCAGACCCUCGCAUCCCACAUAGCUCCAAGAGAAAGUACCGCAGGGCGUCGUCCCGCUACUGCCGCCUCCCCGCCACACACAGACGGGACAGGCGAACCGGACGCCGCACUGCAACCACCCAGCUAUAAGUGAAGGACGGUGAAAGGACAAUCACUAAAGACUUUUGGAGUAUGGCUGGACCAUCAAUCAGAGUGCCUUCACUAUAAAAUGUAGCAAUGCCAGGUAUGACAAAUAGUUAAAAAGUAUCCUCCAUGAAGAUUGCAGUACUGAUUGGGAGGAUCUACCAAAUAUGGAGCUAUGGGACAUGCAGAAACACCACAGGGUCUGUGGGGUAACAGAGCCAGAACUUUCAGUCCUUUGGGAAAUCCGAUGGAGAACUUAAAGGACACAGACUGGAUGAGCUCUUGAACUGUUUCAGAUCAAGUUGAUCAUCUUUUCAAUAGUAUAGCACUUAAAAGUAGCCUCAUUUGUGCCAUAUCUGUCUAUAUUUGUUACUACGUGUAAAUUGCUUAUCACUGCCAGGAGAGAACAGCAAUGACUAUAUGUACAUUUAUUUUGUGAAAUAAAUAUAUGUAUUAAACCAAUUUUUUGUGAUGUCCAGUUCCAAGUAUUAGCAGCACAAAAAUGUGAGCCAAAGGUUUUCAAACAAAUACAUGUUUUAGGUGUGAAAUAAUCCUCAGGUACAGUCAAAAUAAAAUGUAUUUAGUCAGGUAAAACUUACUUCAUUUAACAACAAAAGGUGAUAUAUUAUGUCAAAACAAAGGGAUUGUUUUUUUGCCAUGUUGUUUUUGUGAUUUUCCAGAAUGUGUUAAGGCCCUGCUUAAAAGGUUUGGAUUUGAACUAUUCAACUUUAAUAUUUUAGUUUUCAAAUUCACUCAGGAGGGAGAGUUGUCCUCCUAUAAAGAAAUCAGCAUCUGUUUUUGCAGUCUGUGUAAAGGCAUGCAUGUGAAAGUGUGUAUAAUAAAAAAAAAUCUACUAUAUAUAGUAAAAAAUUACUGUAAUAAUUGUAUAAACAAGAACAUGUAUGUGUGAAGCUGAUGUGUUUUCUUAAAGUUUUAUAUGGAAAGAGUGUGUUUACUUUUAUGCUUUUAUUUUGUAGUCCUAAUAGUGCAAGUGCUGUAGAUGUGUCCUGAUGCAUGCUUUUGAACAGCCGUGACAGUGACCAGUCGUGGCUGGUUUUCACCCCAACUUUUGAUUUGUUUGUGAUUGAUCACUGAACUCCUUUACAAAACUUUGUACCAAAGAAUUUUGAUUUUUUUAUAUAAAUACAAAUAUUCUGCUGUUGGCCAGUAUGCUGUGGUGAUUAUAAAUUUGUGGUGCGAUUACGUUUAAUCAGAAAUGAAUUUGAAACUGUGCCAUAUUCUAGAAUCUUUUACACUAACAACCCAUUUGUCUUGACAGACUAAUAGAAUUCUUCAUUUUUAAUCGUAGAGUAAUCAAAUCCAAAACGGAAAAAAAGGAGUGAUUCACUGUCCAACCACAUGCCAGAGUGGACAGCAAUUUUAUAUUUACUCUUUUGUCAUAUCAAGUGAACACUGCUUGGAUUUUUGAAGUGACUUUAAGAAAAAAAAAAGGUUGAGAUACCCAGUGACCUCAAUAAAAGUGAGCAGUUUGAUUUUAUUUUUUGGCCUUUAGAACUGUCUUAAUCCUCUGUGGCAUAGAUUCAAUAAGGUACUGGAAACAUUCCUCAGAGACUUUGGUCCAUAUUGACAUGAUAGCAUCACAUAGAUUUGUCAGUUGUGCAUCCAUGAUCCCAAUCUCUCAUUCCACCACAUCCCCAAAGGUGCUCUAUUGAAAUUUGGUGACUGAGGAGGCCAUUUAAGUCCAGUGAGCUUAUUGACAUGUUUACGAAACCAGUCUGAGAUGAUUCCAGAUUUAUGACAUGAUGUCUUAUCCUGCUAAGAGUAGCAUCAGAGAAUGUGGUUAUGAAGGGAUGGACAUGGUCAGCAACAAUAGGCGGCGUUGUAACCCAGUAAUCUAGUACUAAGGGGCCUACGGUGUACCAAGAUAAUAUUCCCAACACCACAAUACCACCACCAGUAGCGGUGUAAACUGGCAAGAUGGAUAUACGCUUUCAUGUUGACGCCAAAUUUUGACCCAACAUCCAAAUGUCGCAACACAAAGGAAAAAUCAUUAGACCAGACAACGUUUUUCCAAUCUUCUAUUACCCAAUUUUUUUUCUGUGUGAAUUGUAGCCUCAGCUUUCUGUUCUUAUCUGUCAGGAGUGACACCCCCUGUGGUCUUCUGCCGCUUUAGCCCUUCUUUCUCAAGGUUGGACGUGUUGUGCCUUUGCAGUGACAUGAUAUGAGGUUCACUGCUGGUGAGGUGUUGAUGUCAUCAGUCAGAUUUACAAACAUGAACCUUACAGAGCAGUGUAUUCACCAUCUGAUUGGCAUCAAAGUGUGCUGUUUAAAAUUUCAUUUCAACAUUUUUUUUCUGUACAUAACCUGCAGCAAAAGAAAAUAAAAAUCACCAAAAUUGCUAUUAUUGGCUUACCUUUACCUGUAAAUGAAGUCCAUGUGCCGCUCCUUCUGAAAAAAAAAAAAAAAAAAAA